CUUUAGCUGUAACUAUUUAAUCUGAUCACUUUGUUUACUUGAUUUCUUUUUGCAUAUAUUUGAAAUGAUCAACUAAAAUACAACUCUGACUGUUUAACAUGAGUUGCAGUAAUGUUGCGCGUCUAAACGUCGUCGCAAAUGUAAGGUGAUGGGUUUUGGCAGGAAGUCCGAGCAGCCCGUCACACAAACGGCAGGUCUCGACAGGCUGUUGUAGGUAACGGAGAAAGCUGGUCAGUGCCUCAAUUUUCAGGUGAGGUUACAACCGGGAACACAAAGGCGCUAAAACUGUUAUAAAUGGAUUUAAAUUCCCCCCUCAAAGAUGACUCUGACUGAAGCAGUUAAAGCUCAAAGUGGCGCAGCGGCGUUAAAUUAUGUUGGAAGGUCGUGAAUUGUCCCUCAGGAUUCCUGAGAAAAGGGAAGUGGCUCCUGUUAAGUUUUUAGGGGCCACAGUGACCUGCUGGAAAUGUCCACCAGUGGGGACGGUUCAUCGUUGACCCAGGGAGCAGCUGAAGUACUGCCGCCUCCUGUUUCAGGAGAUUUCCUCUUAAAUAUUUAUUUUUGGCGUCUUGUACCGUGUUGUUGGCUCUUUCCUGACGCUCCGCACCUUAAGGUUAACGGUCAUUAAACAAAUGAAGCAUUUCUACCGCUCCACUAAAUGUUCCAAGUCAAAUGUCCUUAACUAUUACACUGCUUUCCCCCCGAGGGGAACCUGCACCGAGCGGCUGGCUGCGCCUCAAUCUGCCUUUUUUUUUUUUUGAAAAGUGUCUGUGUUUUACCCAGAAUUCACUGCGGUCCUCUAAGAUAGUCAGGCUCUUCACUGCUUCGUGCAGCGGUCUGGUUUAGACGUCUGGAUAUCUACUCUAAGCCAUAGUCAGAGUGGGCGGGGCUAACGCCAGCUGGGAGAUGAUGUGAACAAAAGGCCGAAUUGUAGCGCCCGGCCAGGCAGUGUGUUCUCAGAGCCGGGCGCCGUGACAAAGACCGACCGAAGCGUUCAUCUGAUCCCAGCUGGCUGGAGGCCACCUGACCGACUCGGGCGGCUGAUUCUGUUUCCUGUUGGGAACGCGUUUCGCUGUAACUCUGACAACACCUGUCAGCUGACCCGACCUCCUGCCCUGAGAACAGCGGUCAGGUCCUCUGCACCAUGAGAGGAAGCUGGCGGCGUGUCGCUGCGCAGCGAGACGUUGACAGAAAUGAUGGGAUGAAAUUUUGGUAGCGGCGCCACUGCUGAAUGAACCCAGAGGGAAGACGGGUUCUGCUGGUGCUGAACCAGUCUCAGGUGAACACGUGGUCCAGGUCCAACUAGAACCAGUCCUGCAGGCCAGAAGUGGACCAGGACCUGUGUGAUCUGGCUCUGCCGCCCCUCAGCUCAGGGUCAAAGGACGACCGGCUGGAGAUGAAGCUGUGAUGUCGCCGCUGAGGUCAGGGCUCCGACGCGGCGGCGCUGGAGGACGAGCCCUCGCCGUCGGGCUCUGGUGACGAGCGGUUUCACGCCGGACGGGGCGGAACCUGCAGCUGGACCGCGAGCUGAACUGUUGUGCAGAGGAAAGUUUGUGUAUCUGAAUUUUCCUGUAAAUCAGUCGCUCAUGUUGCUUUUCAAUAAAGACGUAAACUGGACCUGAUGUUUGUUCUGUUAAGCGUGAGAGGAACCUUCAGUUUCACAGGGUCUGCCAGGCUGCAGCAAGACCACCUGCUGCUGCUCGGAGGACCAGAUCAGGGCUCCUGGAGUCCUGAACAGCAGAACUUUAAGUGCACGAGCAGAAGUGAUGGAUAUAAAUCAACAGUCUGAUCAGUGACGUGCUUUACAGACUGUUGUCCUGAUGAGCCGCAGCCUCCAGAGUCUGAAAUGGGUUGUGUCCUCAGCUGGGGGUCCGGGUGGUGAUGGUGUCCAGGAAGGGGAGGUGUAGUCCACUACAGUCUCCACGGUCUGCCCCAGGUGGUCCGGGUUCCAUGUUGACUGAGCCCAAACCACAACAGGCUCUCUGGUUCUGUUUCAGAUCUUUAUAGAAUAAACUCAGUUGCACAUGAUUUAAAGGCCAGAAAACGCUGCAGCUACAACACCAUGAACAGACUAGAAUAAAGAGUGCUGAGACCUUAGUCCUGGAUCUGUGGGGCAGCGGCCCCCCUUCACUGUAACGGGACGGCGCUGCUGCUCUUCGGUAGGUGGCGCUGGUGCAGCUGUGACCAACAUUAAAACACAGAAGAAGAAAGCGCGGCUGCAGCAGAAGAAGAAGCUGUUCGCUCCUCGGGACCAGCGGUCCGGUUUAUUAACGGACACACAUUGAUCCAGCAGCGGAACCGGCGGGAUGGACACCGACACGGCGUCACCGGACGCAGCUGAAGACGUCCGGAUCAAACUGGAGCCGGACGGCGACGUGGAGAUCCAGUCGUAUCCGGUCCUCAAGAAGCUGUCCGUCAAACUGACCGACUGCAGGGCGUUGCUGGAGGGGCGGGACUUCCUGUCUCUUGACGAGCACCCUCAGCUCUGCCACCAGAGGCAGAUCCACGCGACCAACACCGGCAGAAAGAUGGUGUACUGCUCCGAGUGUCAGAGAGGGUUCUACAAGAGGUCUCACCUGGAGGCUCACCGGAGAACCCACCGGGGACAGGAACCCAACCAGUGCUGGCAGUGCGGGAAGACCUACCCGACCCUGAUGAGCCUCGUGGUGCACCAGCAGAUCCACGACCGCAAGGAGCCCUACCGGUGCUCCUACUGCGAGAAGACCUUCGCCCUGAAGCGGGACUGGAAGACCCACCACCGGACGCACUCGGGGACCAAACCCUUCAAGUGCUGGUUCUGCGGGGACGGCUUCAGCGAGCAGGACGAGCUCACCGAGCACCUGGAGGUGCACGAGGGGGAGAAGUGCUACCACUGCAAAGUCUGCGACAAGAUGUUCGUCUCCUACCAGGGCUUCAACUUCCACCGCAAGUCCCACAAGAGCCAGAAGCUGCUGCCCUGCCUGAAGUGCAAGAAGACCUUCAGCAACCCCCAGAGUCUGAAGCUGCACCAGGUGACCCACUCCAACAGGAAGCCCCACAAGUGCCCCACCUGCGGCAAAGGCUUCAAGCUGCUGAGCGGCCUGCGGUGCCACCAGAGGACCCACGAGGACCUGAGGGACUACCACUGCACCGAGUGCGGCAAGUGCUUCUCCAGCCUGCAGGGCCUGAAGCUGCACAACCGCACCCACACGGGCCUGAAGCCCUACAAGUGCACCGAGUGCGGCAAGAGGUUCACCCAGUCGCCCCACCUCAAGUCUCACAUGGUCACCCACACCGGGGAGCGGCCCUUCCUGUGCACCACCUGCGGGAAGAGGUUCACCCAGUCGUCCCACCUGAGGUCCCACAUCACGCUGUUCCACGUGGGCGAGAAGCCGUUCACCUGCGACGACUGCGGGAAGAGCUUCACCAUCGCCCACUACCUGAAGAUGCACCGGCUGAGCCACACCAAGGAGAAGCUGUACCAGUGCUCCUACUGCGAGAAGUCCUUCUCCUACCACAACUCCUGGAGGGCCCACGAGAGGAUCCACACCGGCGAGCGCCCCUUCAGCUGCCGGGAGUGCGGCCAGAGCUUCAUCACGUCGGGCUCGCUGCUGAGCCACCAGAGGUCCAAACACACCGGCGAGAAGAGCCACUACUGCAUCACCUGCGGGGAGUUCUUCUUCACCAGCUCGCUGCUGCGGGUCCACCAGCUCGACCACACGGGCGAGCGGCCGCACGCCUGCAGCUGCGGCAAGACCUUCAAGACCAAAGGAGUGCUGCGCUACCACCUGAAGAGGUUCACCGACCACCAGCCGGCCGAGUGAGCGGGAUCACGGCGGGGUCGGCCCGAGAGGCGAAGCGCGGACGCUGCGGGGUGCAUGCAGGAGGGUAGUUACUGUCGGGUGUCCGCAGGGGGCGCUGAACACGUGUUGAAUCUUCAUCAGGCCCUCUGAGGGUCCAGAACUAAGUCAGAACCCAGAGAGACGCUGCAGAACGUCCCUGCAGAGUUUCAGUGAGAGCUGACUGCUAACAGCUGCAGCUCGUGCUGCUG